AUGUACAGUGCACACGCUCUUCCAGUGUCUUAUAGGAAGCUUAUGACUGAUGCAUUAUCACCUUUGUUGACUUUCUAUCCCACAGAUGUUGAGCUGGAUAUGAAUGGGAAACGGUUUUCUUGGCAAGCUAUCUGCAAACUUCCAUUUAUCGAAGAAACCAGCCUUCUCUCAGAAGUUGCCAGAGUAGAAAACACAUUGACGGAUGAGGAGAGUCAGAGGAACAAAUUGGGUAUGGAUGUGCUAUUUGUUCAUGUGACUUAUCCUUUAGCAAAAAAGAUAGUUUCUUUCUAUAGAAGUAAUAUUGAUCAUCCGAACUUGAUCAGUACUCAAGUUAAACAAGACAUUGAUCCAGAAUCCAGUGGUGGGAUGGAUGGUUACAUUUUUGUUUCUAAUAGACCAGUGCAGCCUGCGCAAAUAGAUUCACCAAUUAGUGGCAUGGAUAUGAUUGUUGAUAAUAAAGUCUUCUAA